UGCGUUUUGUUUUUUAAAUGUUAAUGGUUGUUAAAAAGUUUCGUGAUAAAUAGUAAUUAAAUUUAAAUGUUAAAAAUUGUGCCAAUCUUAGUGUUUUCGAGAUAAAAACUCGUGCAAAAAUAACUAAUCAGUAAGGUCAGAGAUCUCUGCGGUUUCGUUCGGUCCGAUAACGGGUGCAAAUGUCUCAAAAGACAGAGUCGCUCGUAACUGCGAGCGAAGCACACGGUUACUGGAAAUAAGUAAACAAACAGUGAAUCAUUAAGCGGUUAUCAAUGCAGGAUGGCGUGUCAGGCCGCGAGUUGGAUUCCGAACGCCGUCGCGACAAUACUACGUGCCGACAGCACGGCACAACCAAUAAUCGCUUGGCUAACAACUAUACGCGAUUCUACGGAAGAAUACGACCCUUUAGUGACAGUGAAAACGGAUUUAUCGGACUCGGAAGACUCGGAUUCCACUACAACUACAACACCGGAUAGCGCGUUCGAUGAAAUACUCUCGCAGUUAGGAAAAGAGAUCUAUAAAUUAGACGAAUAUCAGAAGAUUUUAGGUCCAGAGGAACAGGAAGUGUCUCUAAGCAUUUUGAAUAUUUUUGACGAGUGUUUGGAAGGAUUCGAAAACGGUUUCGAAGUGAAGGAAGUGGGAAACGGUUUUGAAGUGACUCCGGUUCAAAUAAGUGCGCCGAGUGAAAACUGUGAUGUUACAGUGAAAGAAAACAGUGUAGCCAAGGCCAAGGAAAACGGCGACGAGUGUAGCGACUGUGAGUCGACUUUAUCUGACGUCUCUUUCGUUACUAGCACGCCGGCUAAGUGUGAGAAAGUGAAUGUUGUAAACAAUAUUUUUUACCAAGGUGAAGGCACGCCCGUCCCGCCGAGGCGGUCUAGGUUAAAAACACCAUCGUCUAGUUCAUCUUAUUAUGACAAUAUGGAACUAAAGACUAGUGUAAACAAUGGGGUUAAACGAGACAGUGAUAGCGAUUCUGAGAGUACUUGUUGGAGUUAUAAAGAAUGCAGCGACGCAGACGACUCUAAAGACAGGUACGCUACCGUCUGGUCCCAGUCCACUGGCUUCCAUAACUCCGAUGAGAUUUUACGAAGGGUGUUAUCGCAGAACCACGCGACUAUAUCGCGAUUGUCUUUCGAUACGGCCAGUGACUUCACGCCGACGCAAUACUCGGUGUACGCGCUGCACGAGGUGGGAGACAGGUGCGCAGUCGACGCCAUGACGCCGGACAAGCCUGACGACGGUGGCUACGAGCCGGUGCGAGACGCGAUUACCACCGACGAGAACAUUUACGAGGAGAUCGAGUACGGAUACAGUUUUACGGACGAGGGGUGCUCUUGUGGCGGCAGUGUUGAAGUUGAGAGCUGUUCCAUCAGUGCGAGCUCCGAAGGAGUCGGUAGAGACAGUCCUGUGUACGCGAACUUAACAGACAAUGACGCCUAUGCGGUCACCGCAGACGUCCUCUACUGGAGAAACGUUUUGCUACUGGACCCAUAUUACAACGAAGACGAAGAAGAUGAGUGGAUCAGCCCAGAGAAAUCCGUGGAGUAUUCCCGAGAGAUUCGACCACCAUUGGUCAUCCCUCGCAUCACGCAGUACCGUGCCCCGAGGAGAGACACUCGCACCGUUGCCUCUAACUAUGAGGAGUGCACCGAAUCCAAGCCAGUGACAGUGAAGUCGUCAGUGCGUCAGUAUGAGCGCCUGCAGGAUUGGAACUUCGAGCCGCGGAGGAUGGACGACCGCUACGGCGUCGCCGGCAGCCCGCCGUUCCAGAGGAUACAUAAAAAGAUGAGCGGUUCCUCCGAGAAUCUCCUAGCCGCUCGUCGCCCAGUCCACCUGCCGCUCCCCGCCUCCUCAGCCUCCUCGGGAGACAGCCUGGACGUGGAGGUCAGGGGGGGCUCCGGCUACGGAAGGCCCAGGAAGUCCAAGAGCCUGGUGCCUUCGAAGAGGGGGCUGCGGUCCCCGGUGCCGGCGCCGAGGACCGUGCUGCCGGAGACCAUGAUGAUUAAUGAGGGGUUCACUGUGAUCCACGAAGGACCGGUUAAGCGCACGAAAUACUUCGAGGGCGGCAAAAAGAGUAAGAAGAACUGGGUGGACUGUUACAUGGUGCUCACGCCAUCUGCGCUGCUCAGCUACAAGGAUCUCAGGACGUAUCAGGCUUCGAAGGUGUUGAAGCCUCCGGGCACGCCGCCGAGUCCCACCGCGCCGCGUCCGGAACUUAUCCUCCCCCUCAAGAACGCACACGUCAUACAAUGCGUACAGUCACAGACCAGAAGAUACACAAAAUCAAUCGAGUUGACAGUCAGCCACGACCGCUUUUUGCUUCAAGACGACAGCGAAGAAGGCGCCAAACGGUGGCUCAGGGAGAUACAAAAUGUCAUAUAUAAACUUGGCCCACCCACCGAUGACAACCUGUCAAUCAUGAACCAAAGCAGCAACACGGACCUCGAGAGCCUGGGCCGUACGCCGCCGGCGUCCAGGCACUCCAACAGGAGCAAACAGAAAGCCGGCGGCAGCAGUAACGAAGAUCUCAGCGAUUGCACAGAGCCACCGAACAAGAGCCACGUCAGAAGCAGACUUAAGAAGUUCUUUCUCAAACGCCCGUCCAUGGAGCAACUUGUCAAAAAAGGGAUCUACAAAGAUGAACCUGUCUUCGGCCGCAAUCUCUCCGAGGUGGUGCCGGCGGACGCGAAUCCGCGCGUCCCGCCGUUCGUGGUGGCCUGCAUCAAGGAGAUUGAGAGCAACGAGGAGAACAUGUGCACGGACGGGCUUUACAGGGCCAGUGGGAACCUGAGUCAGGUGCAGAAGAUACGGCUGGAUAUCGAUCAAAACAAGCUGUCAUCGAUCGAGGAUAACGCAGACAUCCACGUGCUUACCGGAUCAUUAAAGCUCUUCUUCAGGGAGUUGAAGGAGCCGCUUAUACCCUGCAACAUGUUCGACAGGGUGCUUGCAGCUUGCUCAAUAAAACCAAGAGAAGCGAAAAUCAAAGAGUUCCGUGAUAUAGUGAACUCACUACCGCCGUGCAACCGUGACACACUGAAAUACCUUCUGGAACAUCUAUUAAGAGUAACAAACUACAGCGAGCGUAACCGCAUGCACACAGCGAACCUCGCAAUCGUCUUCGGCCCCACGUUACUCUGGGCCCCCGCCGAGCAAGCCCACAACAUCGCGAUAGACUGCAUCCAGCAGAACAACGUGGUCGACACACUUCUCACAGAGUUCACUGAGAUCUUCGAAGAAGGCAAGGGUAGGAGGAAGUCGUGACUCGGACUCUAUAGGAAACGAGUCUGAGAGCCCU